CCAAUUUCUAGGCCUGUCUGUGGAAAAUUUUCCGCAGGGAAACGACAGUAGGUUUAAGUAGCGAUGGCGGAUAAAGUAGCUUCAUCUCCAAGUCUGCUGACCUAUAUAUAGAUGAGGCCUUCACCACAAGAGACAAAGUGUAGCAGAUCUUUAGAAGCAAAAGAGAGAAAACCCAUUUGCCUGACGUUAGAAUGGCCAGCGAAGAUGUUGUUCUCUAUGGCACAUGGAGUAGCUCUUUCGUUGACAGAGUGAAAUGGGCUCUGAAGAUGAAGGGGGUGGAGUCCCAGUUUGUUGAAGAAGACCUGCUCAACAAGAGCCCCAUGUUGCUGCAGUACAACCCAGUUCACAAGAAGGUCCCCGUGCUCGUGCAUGCCGGAAAACCGAUCGCAGAAUCGACCGUGAUCCUCCAAUACAUCGAUGAAGUAUGGCCGCAGAAUCCGAUCAUGCCUGAGGACCCAUAUGACAGAGCCACGGCAAGGUUCUGGGCCAAGUUUAUUGAUGAAAAAUGUAAGGAAGCUGUAUGGGCUGCAAUUGGCCCUUGUACAAAUGAACCGGGGAAGAACGUAGAGCCUGCUCUGGCGGCGCUCCGAGUGCUGGAUGAUCAUCUGGGAGGCCGGAAAUUCUUUUCCGGCGACACCAUUGGAUACGUCGACUUAGUCGCAGGGUGGAUCCCUCGCUGGAUGGCGGCGGUGGAAGAAUUUGCAGGCACGAAGCUUCUUGAUCCUCAAAGAUUCCCAUCACUUCACGCUUGGGCCUGUAAUUUUCUCGAGGUCCCGAUCAUCAAGGACAAUCUAGCGCCUCAGGACAAGCUUGUUGGACGCAUGAAGGAAUACAGGGAGAUUUAUUUGGCUAAGUGUGCUUGCAGCUGAACUUCCUUCAUUUCAGGUGAGGGAAAAGAAUUCCCACCGCCCAAAUUAUCAACAAAUGAAGAAAUAAGGGCAAUCUCACACCACACAAGGGUUAACGUGGUUCGGCCAACGGCCAACAUCCACCGGUGAACUAUUUUUGGUUUUCUUUCAUUCUCAUGUUUUUGUUUUGGUUCAUAUAGUGAAGUAAAUGAUUGAAUAAAGGAAAAUAAUAAAAGAAACCAAUCUCUCCAACCGUUGCCUCAACAAUCUCUCCCUCAAGUUAGAGAGCUGAUGUCAAUCUGCCCCAACUUGCUAGUUAUCCAUUGAUGUUGCUUCUUUCGUAGAGCUUUAGUAAAUAUAUCUGUCAAUUGAUGUUG